CGUGGGCAGCUGCCUUGGCACUGCGCCGAGCCGGCUCUGGCACGGGAGCUGCCCGCGGGCUGAGGCCAAGCGCUGCCUCCCCGCGUGUCUCUCCGGUGUGUCACGGCAGCUCUCGCGGGGGAGGAGGAAGGAGCGCCCGGGGCGCCGAGGGGCUGAACUUUGGAGCCUCUGCUCCUUAUGGGGCCGGUCCCGAGGAGGCGGCGGCGGAGGAGGCGCUGUUGCCGCCGCUGCUGCCCUGUGUGAGGAGCGCUCGCUCCCGGCUCGCUCCCGCUGGAGUGGCCCGGCGAGAAACUCCGCUCAGGUCCGCGCGCUCCGCUAGUGCUGCCGCCGCCGCCGGGCCAGCGCGGCGCGGAACCGUCUCUGCCGGGGCAGCCCCCGGCGCUGCCCGGCCAUGGAGGAGGGCGAAGGCGGCGCGCGGGAGCCUGGGGCCGGCAUUCCCAGGGUUGAUCCAUACGGAUUUGAAAGGCCAGAAGACUUUGAUUAUGUGUCGUAUGAAGAAUUCUUUUCUAGAUAUCUGGUGAUACUCACUAGAAGAGCAAUAAAAUGGUCAAAGCUUCUAAAGGGGAAUAAUGGGAUAGGGAAAAGUUUAAAAGUGAAGAGAUAUAUCAGGAAAGGCAUUCCCAAUGAGCAUCGUGCGCUGAUCUGGAUGAUUGUAAGUGGAGCGCAGGCCAACAUGGAACAAAACCCUGGAUACUAUAAUAAACUACUUGAGGGAGAGAAAAGUGACACGCUGGUGGAAGCAAUCAAGACAGACAUGAACAGAACAUUUCCAGAUAAUGUACAAUUCCGGAAAACUGCUGAUCCCUGUUUACAGCAGACACUCUACAAUGUAUUAGUAGCGUAUGGGCACCAUAAUAAAACAGUGGGAUACUGCCAGGGCAUGAAUUUCAUAGCUGGAUACCUGAUUCUUAUUACAAAGAAUGAAGAGGAAUCCUUUUGGUUGUUAGAUGCUCUCAUUGGACGAAUAUUGCCUGAUUAUUAUAGUCCAGCAAUGAUGGGGUUGAAGACCGAUCAGGAGGUCCUUGGAGAACUUGUGAGAAAGAAAGUUCCAGCAGUGGCAGAGUUAAUGGAUAGACAUGGUGUCAUGUGGACUCUGAUAGUGUCACGCUGGUUUAUAUGCUUGUUUAUUGACAUUCUUCCAGUAGAGACUGUUCUCCGAAUUUGGGACUGCUUAUUCUAUGAGGGAUCGAAAAUCAUCUUUCGUGUGGUCUUAGCAUUAAUUAAGCAACACCAAGCUUUUAUUUUGGAAGCCACAAAUCUCCCCGACAUUUGUGAUAAGUUUAAGCAGAUCACCAGAGGGACAUUUGUAACAGAGUGCCACACCUUUAUGCAGAAAAUAUUUACAGAACCUGGAAGCUUGUCCAUGGCAACAGUUAACAAACUUCGAGAGACUUGUAGAGCAAAGCUGGUUGCUCAGGGAUCAGCCAACAAUAUUUAAACAGAUGGAUAGUUACCACAGAAAUUAACACAUUCCUCUACUUUCAUUGCACUGACGGAAGCACAAUUUCUAAACUUUCCAUGAGUGUCAAUUGACACUUGACCAAUUUUUCCUGCCUUUCAAGUAAGUGUUGUAAACAUUUUGUACUCUGUCAGUAAGCUGGGAACUUGAACCUUUUACAAAUGGUUUAGAAUAUUAUCAGAGUAGAAUGUGACCAAUGUGGGAUAAUUCUUUAAAAAGUCACUACCCUUGUUUUUCUUCAGGGCAUUUUGUAAUGUCUGAGUAAAUAGCUGGAUAGAGCUAUAUGUACAAUUCUGUAUAUUAAUCAUAAAACCACAGCCAUUUGUACAAAAUAAAUUCUAUUUAUUUGU